UCGAAGACAUUAGUGACCUAGAAGUUGCUACAUAUUGUAUGUGAAAAACAUUGAAUUCAAUGACAAUAUUGUUGUACAUCUUAAGCUGGUAACAAGUCAGAAUCUAACAAUUUUGAUGACGCAGAGGACAACCUUAUAUUCACUGAUACGUUGAUAGCUCUACAAUUGAUGCGCGCACAAUUCCCAAAGCUAGAGAAGGUUGUGACACAGCCAUUCAUUUUGCAAUCCCAAUUGUAUAGCAGCGUGAAGGACAGGACUCAAGUUGAUAGAGAUUUGGAGUCACUGAAGAAAGACAGAGUACUCCGAGUAUUCAAACUCAGUACUGGUCAGGAUGACCAUGCUAUCAUGUUCAUGGAUGAUUAUCUGAGACAGAUGGAGUUUGCUAUCAGGAGGUCAACGGGUAAAAAACAAGAUGGCAGUGAAGUGUUUGAGUGGUUUGAGAAAUAUGUUCUGCAUUCGAAAUUGGAUGUUAGCAUAAAUCACCUAGAGCUGUGUUCACUGUUAUCAUGUGGUGGUGAUGCGAAAGAUAAACAUAUCACAGUAUUGAUGAAUGCUGGCCUCCUAACGCGCCAGCUAAUAGAUCCAAACAUGUACUGGUUUUCUAUUCCAAGUAUUGGUCCAAUCUUGAAAGGCCUAUCCCAGGGGAGGAAGGAAGUUCUUUCAUUACUGAACCGUCGGAAGUACAAGGAGAUGCUAGUGUCUUCACUGGAGAAGACGAGGUUGAGGUCAUCGCCUCUAGACGUGCGGUUCCACCUCCGCGAUCUUAUCGGGUCUGGUCACAUAAAGACGGUUCAGACACCCACCGGCUUACUUGCUCGUGUAUCAACAGAUUGACAAUCAAACAGUUUUGGAUCAAUUAAUCUUAGUUUCUCUUC